AUGUCCACAACGGCCCCCGAAGACGCCCCCCCUCCAGCGUAUGCUGAAAAGCCGGGGGACGUGAGACCCGUCGACGAAAAGGCCGAGCAGCACGUCGAGCCUCUUGUCGCACAACCCGCGCAAGGAAACGUCCCCGGCAUAGCGGCCCGGCUCGAGGUCGACUUUACGCUGCACAAGAUGAUGGCCCAGAUCAAGAAGGCCGGGGAGUCGGCGGGUUCCGUCUACACCGUCGACUACAAGACGUUAACCUCGCCCCAUCUCAUCUUUACGGAGACGGCCACCGGCACGCGCAUCGGUAGUGGCACGUUGCACCCCAUCUCGAUUAAUGCCGGUUACGAGGUGCGCGGAGAAAAGGGCAAGCUCAAGGCCCUGCGGCGCAUGCACACGGAGUACACGCACCUCUCGCGCGCGUAUUCACAGACGGGCGAUCUGGUGGCAAUGACUUGGGGCAGCGAGGCCGACUUCACGACUUGGGACUUUAUCUGCAAGGGGCCGGACGGCGUGCCGGUGGCGCGCUUCGCGUCUAAUUGCUGGGCGCGGAAGAAGGUCGGGGCCAUUGAGUUUUACGGUGCUCGUGGGCUGUCCAAGGAGGCCCAAGAGGAGAUUCUCGUCACGGGCCUAACGCUGUAUUCGUGCAUGAUUCUGCGCACGUCGAGUAUCUUGUCGUUCUUUGGGGGCAUCUUCUCGAAGCCAGGUCCGUUGCCCAAUCCGGAGUCGGGCUCGGGCAAGACGUAG